GAGUGUUCUUCAUGUUUUCCAUCAGUCAGAUGUCUGUGGAGAUGAAGCCCAACAACAACAGCAGCAGUGAGAUUCAGCAGCUGUGGGGAAGUUGGACCAACCAGCUGAACCGCUUUUAUGACGACCCCAAGGUGAGUCAGCUGAUGAACACCAGACUGGGCCGUUACCUUAGCAACCACCCGUUCUCGGCGCUAACACUGAUGCUGUUUGCCGCCAUGGCUGCAGUGCCCGUCGGAAUAUUCCUCACUUUUGCUCUCGUGACCAUUAUUAUGUCUACAGUAGCUUUUGUGUUCUUUGAAGUGUUCUUGUUGUCUGUAGGAGGGAUGACUCUGCUCUGUGUUCUCUCCGGCAUCGCCUUCUUCUCUGUCGUGGUGGCGGCCAUCUUUAAUGUGCUUUUUAUCUCCGUCUCCAACAUCCUCAUCCGCUAUUACCCUCAUCUAAUAAAGCAGCAAGGAAAAGUCCAAGAGGAGCAGAGUGAAUGUGAAACUUCAGCACCAAAGGAAACGCAGUAGCCUGCUUCUUCUUCUUCUUCUUCUUCUUCUUCUUCUUCUUCUUCUUCUUCUCUCUCAAUGGUCAACUUUCAUGUGGAAAAGUAAAAAACUGCAGCACUCCUGAAGCUCUGCAGGGAUUCAGAGGAUUUAGACCCUUGAAUGUAGCACAAAGAUUUCCUCAUGUUACUAUUUUUCUAGAAUGCCUGAGUAUCAUUAUCUCUAUAUAUGUAGAUUUUUUUUAAAUGCAUGUGUAAAAUUUCUACAACAGCCAAAGAAUGGAAUAACUAAUCUUUCAACUGCCUUAAGACUUAUUUUCCUGGAACCCUAUAAUACUGCCCUACAAAGUCUAACUGCAGUAACGAAAUUGAGUUUUAUCUAAAAAAAUGAACUCCUUGAUGUCUGUUUUAUCUUGUGUCAAAGUUUCAGAUUUACAUUUUUGCUUUAUUUCAGAGAAAUGGUUAUAUAAAAAUUGCAGUAACUACAAAAUCCAACUCAAAACCAAAGCAGUAAUUGUACUUAGCAAGAUCUGUUUUGGAUAUAUAUACUAAUUUGAACAUAAAAAUAAUAUAAAUUAUGAGUUUAUUUGAAAGGGAAAGUGUGUUCAAGUAAAAGAAAGUGAGAUAAAAAUAUAAAAAAAGACCAAAAUAUAGCAUUACUUUAUAAUAUUAAGUCUAAAAUACGCAAAUCUUUGAAUGGAGUUGAAUAGUGCAAAAAAUGUUUUUUUAAAAAUCCACCUGAAAAAGUAAAAAUCACAUGAAAGUCAAUGUCGAGAUCAGCUUUUCAGGAACUAAGAAAUCAACUUAAUUUACUUGUUUUUCAGCUGUAAACUAAAUAAUAAAACUGUACUGUCAUGAAAUGCAUUAAUGCUGGAGUUAAUUAUAACAUUUCUUACCAAAUGUAUAUUAAAAAAGGUACUUGAGGGCUGGAAAUGGAUUGAUUUCAAUGGGAAAAAUGAAAGUGAGAACAUAUUAUGUCUGAGGCCCCGUUUACACAAGGACGCUAGCGGGUAAAAACAACUAAAUAUUUUAUCGUUUAAGACGGUGAUGGCGUUUUUGGGGCUUGAAAGUGCAAAAAUCUGUUUAUUCACUGAAAACAAUAAAAUAAAAAAGCUGAAAGAAGACAACAACAUUGUAGUUCCUGCACUCUGUUUUUGCAUCACUAUUAGAACCUUUUACAGCAAAACCAGAGUGCAGAAACUACAUUUUGGGGUCAAAGGUCAAAUAAAUCAUCAUGAUUUUUGAGUAUAAAAAGUACAUAAUGAAUACAUGUAGAAAUAAGUGUUUUUUAUUAAUUAUCUACAUAUAACUAAUUUGGCUGGACAGUCAAAAAACUUUUUAAAAACUUUAAAGCAGUUUUUCUCAGUUUUACCUUUUGCUAGUUACUGCAGUUAGACUUUGUAGGACAGGAUACAUUAUAUAUAUAUAUA